CACUGCAGCCCAGAAGCCAUAAGAAUGCACCACGCCUCGUCAACAUAACACCUGCGAUGGAUGUGAUGUGAUGCACAGCAAGCGGCAGCCCGCAUGGCAGCUGUAAAGCUCCUAGCCAUAAUCACCACAACUCACGCCUGCCUCGACGCGCCGCAAAGGCCGCGGCGCCACCACCACGCCCUCGUGACGAGGCGCUGGGUUGUUAAACGAUUCCCGCGUCAUGAUCCAAGCCGCUACUUCUCGAUCAUAAGGGCGCCGGUCGGCACCGAUUAUUGGCUCCUGGCCAAGAACGGCUCAUACCCGAACGCGGCGCUGAAAUCUACAUUAAACGUCUUCAAGGGCUGCGAUGCAAAGCUCCGAGGCUGCGCGCCGCCGCACGUCGUGGCGAAAGGUGCUUCUGACGUGCACAACUACGCUGUGCUUGCUGACAAUCAGAAGGUCUGGGGCGUGACCGGCCUGACGUCCCAGAAGCGCAGUACGACCAUGGGUUUAUUAGCCUCAUCGUCGGACUGGCUCGUCAAUUCUAUACCGGGGCUGUCCAGCGACCACCCGGGAUGUGUGGAGCGGAGGCCGAACCGGCCGGUGUGCGAGUACGACGGGCGCUUCUCGCUCGCGAAGCUCGGGAAUGCCACGUUACUCUACGCGCGGGGCAACACGAACCCUGUGAGUGGCGGGCGCGCGGUGACCAUUUCUACGCUCGUAAAAAACGAGUGGGGGCCCCUGCGACCGAUCACGUUUCAGCCAUCUCCCAAGCCCUUCGACGUCUUGCAUGAUCCAAACAAAGCUAGGGAAGAAGCCGACGUCUACUUCGGAGCGGUGAAUGAGAACCCGUCCGUGCCGGGUACAUUGCUGGGCCUCUUCCCGACGGCCCUCAAGACGGCCGCCUCCAUUUUAAUGGCGGUGUCCUGCGACGGCUCCCACUUCUCUGCACCUAUACGGCUGUUCGAGUCCAGUCACGUUGGGGGCGAAAUUGUCGACCACGCCGUCGACGGGAUUUCCGUGGAUGGCGACGACGUGUUGUUGUAUGUCCACGCGGGCGUGCCCGGCGUCUUCGAGAAGACGUGCGCCUUCAAGGCGUUGCACCCGAAGCCCGGGGUCAAAAAGCACAACGUCACGGAGAACUGGCGCGAGCCGCGGUCGGAAUUGAUCGGCCUGUCGAUCCAUCGGGAGAAGCUCGCGACCUGGACGCGGAAGCAGAUGAUGGGUUUAGAGGGCUGCGGCCCCGACACGUCGCGCCGGCGGCGUAACUAGUAGUAGCUAUCUACAACUGCCCGUC